AUGACCGACCAGGAAGAUUGUGUCUAUAAAGCCAAGCUGGCUGAGCAAGCAGAGCGUUACGAUGAAAUGGUGCAAAACAUGAAAAAAGUGGCAGCAAUGAAUGUCGAAUUGUCAGUGGAAGAAAGAAAUUUAUUAUCAGUAGCAUACAAGAACGUGAUUGGAGCGAGGAGAGCUUCAUGGAGGAUUGUGAGCAGCAUCGAGCAGAAAGAAGAGAGCAAAGGAUCCAGCGCAAAGGUGGAUCUCAUCAAACAGUACCGGUUAACGAUUGAAAAAGAACUGAAAGAAAUAUGCGAUGACAUUUUAGACGUUUUAGACAAAAAUCUCAUCCCAUCGGCAAGUGCUGGAGAAUCUAAAGUUUUUUAUUAUAAGAUGAAAGGUGAUUAUUUCAGAUACCUAGCCGAAUUUGCGUCAGGCGAUCAACGAAAAGAAGCAGCUGAAAAAAGUUUACUUGCUUACCAAACAGCCAGUGACGCUGCCUCAUUGGACCUGGCUCCCACUCAUCCUAUAAGAUUGGGAUUGGCACUCAAUUUUUCGGUGUUUUUUUAUGAAAUUCUAGGAUCACCAGAUCGAGCCUGUCAGUUGGCUAAAACGGCUUUCGAUGAAGCAAUUGCUGAACUAGAUGCUUUGAGUGAAGAGAGCUACAAGGAUUCAACACUGAUCAUGCAGUUGUUGAGAGACAACUUGACGCUCUGGACAUCUGAUAUGCAGGCUGAUGAAGGUAAUACAAUUUCGUUAUUUUGGUAA